GGUGGCAGAGAAAGCUGGCCGCGGUACAGUCACUCUAGCCUGGGCUGGGACCCACCAGGCACGCCUUUUCUCACCCUUCGCGCACUGUCCGGAAGACCCCCGGAGACUGGCUCCCAGAAACUGCGGGGCAUAGCUGAGAGGCACCCUAGCUUCACCAGAUCCAUUCAUCGGGAGCGUGUCUUUCGCAGAGCCCAAGUUUCCGACCUGCUGCUGCUUGCAGCGUUGAGCAGCGCCAUGGAGAAGAGCAGCGAGACCAACAGCUACCUCGAUGGCGUCCAGGCGGGGCCUGCAGGGGGACCCGGCGUAGCGGGAACCCCGGCAGGACGCGCGAGGCGCUGCACCGGCUUCCUGCGGCGCCACGCGAUGGUGCUGCUCACAGUGUCUGGGGUGCUGGCGGGCGCGGGCCUGGGCGCGGCGCUACGCGAGUGCAAGCUGAGCCGCACGCAGAUCACCUACCUGGCUUUCCCCGGCGAGAUGCUACUCCGCAUGCUGCGCAUGAUCAUCCUGCCGCUGGUGGUCUGCAGCCUGGUGUCCGGGGCUGCUUCUCUGGACGCCAGCUCCCUCGGGCGUCUGGGUGGCAUCGCCGUCGCCUACUUUGCCCUCACCACCCUGGGUGCCUCGGCGCUCGCCGUCGCCCUGGCUUUCAUCAUCAAGCCAGGGUCUGGUGCACAGACCCUUCAGUCCAGCGACCUGGGGCUGGAGGAAUCGGGGCCUCCCCCGGUCCCCAAAGAAACAGUGGACUCUUUCCUCGACCUGGUCAGAAACCUGUUUCCCUCAAAUCUUGUGCGUGCAGCAUUCCAUACGUAUGCUACCAACUAUACAGUGGUGACCCACAACAACAGCUUUGGAAAUGUGACCAAGGAAAAGAUCCCCUACGGUACUGAGAUUGAAGGAAUGAACAUUUUAGGGUUGGUCCUUUUUGCCCUAGUGUUAGGAGUGGCCCUAAAGAAGCUGGGCCCUGAAGGAGAAGAGCUCAUCCGUUUCUUCAAUUCCCUCAACGAGGCGACGAUGGUGCUGGUGUCGUGGAUUAUGUGGUACGUACCUGUGGGUAUCAUGUUCCUUGUUGGAAGCAAGAUCGUUGAAAUGAAGAACAUCAUUGCACUGGUGACCAGCCUCGGGAAAUACAUCUUCGCAUCCAUAUUGGGCCAUGUUAUCCAUGGAAUAAUUGUUCUGCCACUUAUUUAUUUUGUUUUCACACGAAAAAACCCAUUCAGAUUCCUCCUGGGCCUCCUCACGCCAUUCGCAACAGCAUUUGCCACCUGCUCCAGCUCAGCAACACUUCCUUCGAUGAUCAAGUGCAUUGAAGAAAACAACGGUGUGGACAAGAAGAUCAGCAGGUUUAUUCUUCCCAUCGGGGCCACUGUGAACAUGGACGGGGCAGCCAUCUUCCAGUGCGUGGCUGCAGUGUUCAUCGCCCAGCUCAACAACGUGGAGCUGAAUGCGGGGCAGAUUUUUACCAUCCUAGUGACCGCCACAGCAUCCAGUGUUGGAGCAGCAGGGGUGCCAGCUGGAGGGGUCCUCACCAUCGCCAUUAUUCUGGAGGCCAUUGGCCUGCCCACCCAAGACCUCUCUCUGAUCCUGGCUGUGGACUGGAUUGUGGACCGGACCACCACCGUGGUGAAUGUGGAAGGGGAUGCCCUGGGAGCAGGCAUUCUCCACCACCUCAAUCAGAAGGCCAUGAAGAGAAGCGAGCAGGAGCUGAGCGAGGUCAAAGUAGAAGCUGUCCCCAACUACAAGUCCGAGGAGGAGACAUCACCUCUGGUGACACACCAGAACCCCAUUGGGCGUACGCCCAGUGCCCAAGAAGUGGAGUCCAAGGAGUCGGUGCUGUGAAGGGCAGGGCCCCAGGCUGGCACCCACCCCAUUACACACGGGCACUGCCCUCACAGAUUUUCAGUCUCCCGAGCAGUGCUUUGGCCCAAUCACAGUUUGAGGAUGACCUCUCCACGCAGGUGUUGGGCUCCCUGGAGGGAACUGGUUGCCGAGGACCAGAACAUUCUGACAUUUGGCUUGAUGCAGUCUGGGUGCAGCUGCCAGUGCACCGGGACUGUUUGGAAAACACCGUCUCAGGCUGCCAGGCCGGAGGAGCUCUGCAGGGCCGCGGGUAAAGCUUGGGAAAAUGCAGGCGUCUUCUUUAUUAACCCUGCUCAGCUUCGCGUUGGUUACUGCUGGGCAAACUAAGCAGGGUUGCAGUCAUCUGUCGCGUUCCCUCGUGAACAAUAGUAACUGGAGAAAUUCCCAAACUCCCAAAUUUAUACUGUUGGUGUUUAAAGAGUUACCCUGCUCUGAGGGCCCUCGGCGCUGCCCUGUGUCCCAUUACAACUACUCUAGCUGUGGCAGCAUUAUGGGGUCUCAGGUCGGGAGCAUUAGGGAAACAAUUAAAUUCUGAGGUCUAAGGGAGGCGGAGAGUGUCAGGGGAGUUAGGGUUCCCUGAUCAAGGACAAGACGUACACAGUUGUCCCUUUCCCAUCUCAGCCCUGGGCACCUUUCAGCUUUACCCAUCCACUCUGAUGUGGCAGCAGCCAGGGGCCUCUCUGUGACACGACCUUCACGUCCACCAGCUGUGUCGCUCUGCCUUCUACAAUUCGAGUGGACCCUCCCUAAAAUGCUUCACGGCAGCAAAGACAAGUGCACCCCCAACGUUAAAUCUAUGCACUAAUCGAGAUGGGGUGCCCCUGCUCCCAGGUCUCUUCCCUUUGGCUGAUGUGGAACCCUUGCCUGCCAGUAUAUCAGACUUUAAAAUUCUCAGCAAAAUGGUCCCUGUUAGUCCUGUUGGCUGGCACCUCAAUUCUCCCUGGGGAGAGGGCUCCCCAGAUGGUGUGUCGCUGGUGGACGGAAGACUGGAGAGUCUGCUGCUUUGCUGUGGCUGUUGGUAUACUUGUGGUGUGCCCUGCCCCAAGUCCUGGGGCCUCACUCUUCCCCUUUGUAAAAUGGGGCCGCUGUCACCUGUCUCUUACCUACCUCAAAGGGAUCUGGUGAGGCAAACAGUAGAGCCAUGAAAAAGUUCAUCUCACUUCUUAGAUACCAAACACUAACCCCUGUGUGAGCAUCUUACCUUUCCAAGAACUGAGUGACAGCCUUCUCCAUGGAGACUGCAUCCUUCCGGUGACAGCAGUUUUCCUGGGCAGGCUUCUACUCUUCCGUGCAUCACAGCGUUUAUCGUGCCACUGGUUCUGUGCGUAGUUACCUCCUCCUGAUGCCCUUUCCAGUUUCAUGGUGAGCAACGCGCCUUGUACUGCAUUUCUGGGUUCUGGACUCGGCUGUGGUUCCAGCCACAGGCAGUCUGCCAGCCCACUCCUGGCAGACUGUUGAAGCUCCCACUGCUGAGCCCCCUUCAUUCUCAUGUUCCUUGUGAUGUGGGCCCUACAUCAUCCAUGUGGUCCUGUCCGUGUGGAACGGGUAGGAGGAGCCAACGGACACAGAGCUGACCCUGCUGGUGGGCAGGCCCAGCUCUCCUAAACUAGCUAAGCCACUCCAGUAUCUUGUGAAGCCAGAGGGACCAGGAACCGAGCAGAGAUGCCUAGAAACUGGCCCUGGCUAGAGCUUGUUGCCAGAAUCCAUCCGAUUUCAAAGGGGAAAAAGUCACAUUGAUUCCAAACUGUAAAUGGAUAUUUGCUAUUUUUCAGGCUUCAGUGAAUCUCUUUUCUUCCAUGUGUAUUAUGUGCAUGUGUACAUACGUGUGUGUGUGUGUGUGUGUGUGUGUGUGUGAGUUUAGCUCCAAUUCAAGCCAGUCUGAGUUUGAAUAGAGAAGCCCUGAACUGUAAGUUGUAUGCUUUUGGUGUUCUGAUUUUCUUAUUUCUUUAGAGGACUCAUACAAAAAUGAGGAGAUUGGACUGGCCAGUGAGGCCCACUGGUUGAACUCAUGCCUCCACAGUCUGGAAAAAUUGCUUCUGUGUGAGGUGCUGACAGUGCCUUGGAGGCCAGCAGAGGAGGGAGAAGGUGCCGAGUGUCCCUGUUUAUCCGUUCACAGAGGGUUGGUAGACCAGUGUGAGGACUGGGGAAAAUUCCACUGUCGAAGAGAGUCUGAAAUGCCUCCGCUGUCAUUCUCUUUCCAUGUUGUCAUAAAUACUGUUCAAACACUGUUCAUUGCUGACUAUUUUGUACAUGUGACACUUGCCUUAAAAUGUAGCACAGUCCUCAAAAAUGAAUACAGUGAUUCUACUGCC